ACAGAACAAUUAACUUGGUCGAGUAGCCUAGUUUUCCUUUUUAUAUUGAUUGAACAGAUUGAGUUUCUAGUGGAAACAAAUUUGUUUUCACCCAUUAUUUUUAUUUUUUUAUUUUUUCUAGCUUUUUCCUUUUUAUUUUUUAUAUUUGUUUUUACCCAUUGCAUUGAACUAGCAAAGGAAACAUUCCAAAAUAUCAUUAUGUGUGAAGUGGUUAUGAGAGGGUAAGACAGUAAUUUAGUCACUAUCUUUUCUUUUCUCUCAUUUAUCCUAUUCAAACCAGAAUAACUAUCCUUUGUUUUUUUUUCUCCUCUUCUAUUUAUCGAAACAUGAAGAUAAAUUAUUACUAUCAUUUUUCUUCUUCUCUUUUUUAUUCUAACUUAUACUAUUAUUUCUUUUCUUUUCUUCCCUAUCUACUCAAACGCACCCUAAAUUUUGAAAGUAACCUGAAUGACUUGCUUCUUUCUUUCUUUUUUCUUCUUCUUCUUUCUGUGUGGAUCAAUGUGUGAUAUACUGUGUGGAUCAAUGUUUCUCUUUCUGGUACCAUCUAGUCAACCAUGACUUUCUGGUAUUUGUCAUCGGCAUAUUUUCUAUAAAAAUUUCAACAAUUUGAGUUGUAUCUCGUUGUAUAUAUAUAUAUUGCUUUCUCAAACAUAAGAGUAAAAAAACAAAAAUGGCCGAAACCACGGUACGUUUCGGAAUCUUAGGCUGCGCUAACAUAGCACGCAAGGUAUCGAGGGCCAUUACGCUCGCUCCCAACGCCACCAUCUGGGCCAUCGACAGCCGUUCAAUCGAAAAGGCCUCAAGAUUCGCGUCCGAGAACGACGUCCCGGCGUCGGCUAAAUUGUACGGCAGCUACGAGGUCGUGCUGGAUGACCCAGAGGUGGACGUUGUGUACGUGCCACUCCCGACCAGCCUGCACGUGAGCUGGGCAGUCUUGGCCGCCGAGAAGAAGAAGCACGUGCUUCUGGAGAAGCCGGUGGCUCUGCACUUGACGGAGCUGGACACCAUUCUCGAGGCAUGCGAAGCCAACGGCGUGCAGUUCAUGGACGCCACCAUGUGGAUGCAUCAUCAUCCUCGGACGGCUAAGAUGACGGAAUUUAUUUCGGAUAAGCUCCAAAUCGGAAAACUCAAAUCGUUACACACAUCCUUCACAUACGAUGCUGGCGCAGACUUUCUUAAGAAUGACAUUCGCGUGAAGCCUGAUCUCGAUGCUCAUGGAGCUCUAGGUGAUGCUGGAUGGUACUGCAUCAGGGCAAGUCUUUGGGCUGCAGACUAUGACCUGCCCAAAACACUAACAGCUUUGCGUGAACCGGACUUCAAUGAAGCAGGGGUGAUUCUUUCAUGCGGAGCUUCUCUACGGUGGGAGGACGGGAGAGUAGCAACCUUCUAUUGCUCUUUCCUUACCAAUUUGAGCAUGGACAUAACUGCUCUUGGAACAAAGGGUUAUUUGCGUGUUCAUGACUUUGUUGUUCCCUUUCAAGAGAACGUUGGCCCGUUUUUCGUAGCUUCGAAUUCCAAGUUUGGGGAACGCGCUCUAGGCUGUGAACCGAUACCGGUUGAGCACAUUGUCACGACCGAUCUUCCUCAGGAAGCUCUCAUGGUGACAGAAUUUGCUACUCUGGUUAAUGGUAUUAAGAGUAAGGGCUUGAAGCCGGAGAAGAAGUGGCCAACCCUUAGUAGGAAGACACAGUUGGUUCUUGAUGCAGUCAAGGUAUCGAUCGCAAAGGGUUUCGAGCCUGUUGAGAUUGUGAAUUAAUUAGUUGGAGAUAGCUGUGUGAUCACUUGUUUUGCAGCUAUGUUCAACUGCAGUUAUUAUAUUAGAUUAUUGAUACUGUGGUAUUUGUACUUUUAUGGUUUUGGACCUUGAAUGAUUGCUCAAAAUAAAUGAACUUAGGCUUGUCUGGUUUGUUGAA